CCUUAAUGAACGCAGCAGGCUUGGAUUCACAUAUCGGAGCAUGCAUUUUCAAGGAGUUCUUUCACAAAACCAGAAAAUGGUCCAUGCACUCACAGACGAAUGAUGAAUGUGUCUCAGAGUGUCAUUAUGGUGUAAUUACGGUGGCCAUUAGAUGAAUGUGGAAGUACAGCACAGCCUGAGAUUGGCAUCAUUAUCAGAGCCGUGAGAGGAAAUGACACGCUACAGAUGAGGCGAUUGUGGUUUGUGUUUACAUUUAUAAUAAUUUACAUAGCAGACGGUUGCUUGCCAAACCAAUUUACACAGCAUUUUCACUACCUAUUCAAAGUGUUCAUUGCAUUAAAAGAACAAACUUUCCUUCUUUUUUUAAAUAAAAGUUUGCGAAGUUCCUCAAAACUUCCUCUUUAGUUCAAAAAGACCAUUAAACUGUAAAAAAACAUCUUGUUUACAUGAACACAUUCACACUGAGAUAAAGAGGAACCUAUAUAACAGGGAUUGUUCUGGCAAGGUUCUCUCAAAAUUAUGAACAAUCAUUCUUCCAGUAAUAUUAAUAGAACUUUUAUUAAGUUAUCUGGUGGUCUUAAAUGAUGUUCUCAAAACGUUAGCACAAAAACAUUUUUACAAACGUUAAGGGAACAUUCCAUUUUAUCAUAUUGCAAACAUUUUGAGAACGUUACUUUUGAAUGUUCUCUGAACAUUCUAAAAUAAACAAGACUAAACGUUUCUGAAAAAAAGUUCCAUGAAUGAUGUUUAAAUAAUGUUUUUGCACUAACAUUUUGAGAACAUUAUUAACUGAACUAACAUUCUAUUAAUGUUACUGGAAGAAUGUUUGUUCAACUUUGAGAGAACGUUCUGAGAAUGUUAGCAGACGUGUGUGUAGUAGCUUUAAACUUGCGGGUUUCACGUGGUGAAGGUUUCACACUUCAGAGGUCUCUCGGUUCCUCCCGCACACCAAACGCUCCAUAGCAUCCUACUUUUCAAAGGGCGUCUGUGGGGUGUUGUUGCCAUAGUAACCAGCAGCAGCCCUGAGGGCUCACCUGCGGCUGUCAUGCGUGUGAUCUCACAUGACCUGCACACAGGUAGAGACGCCCGAGACCCAGACACACACUCACACACACUCGACAUGGAAACGGUGAAGAGCUCUUCUCAGCCCGCUUACAGCCGCUGGUCGUACAGACCCUCCAGUUCCUCCAGCUUCGCGUCCACCGCCACCACCAGUGCGCUGGAGGACGACAGUCUGAACCUCAGACAGCAGAAACUGGAGAAACAGAGGGCGCUGUUGGAGCAGAAGCAGCGGCGGAAACGCCAGGAGCCGCUGAUGGUCCAGCCAAACUCAGAGGGACGUCCGCGGCGCUCACGGCCCCGCCGCAGUGAGGAACAAGCGCCGCUCGUGGAGACCCAGGUCAGCACGGCCAGUGACAUCAUCCUUGACGGCAUCGACGGGCCCGCGGCGCUGCUGGGAUCGGAAGCUCCGGAUCUGGGCAGUAAGAUCCAGGUUCUGUCUGUCAGUCAGCCUCAGCAGCCCUCACCGCCCACCGCAGAAGAGCCAGAGACAGAUGCCGACACCGACACACUGCUGGAACCCAAGACUGACAUACACACACUGCUGCAGAGACGCGGACUGUCGGGCAGCAUGAACUACGAUGAGGCCAGCGAGGAUGAUGACGAUGAAGCCGAAGACCAAAGCCGAUCGCUGUCCCCGAACACAGAGAGCACGAGACCUGCUUCGGCCUCCAGCACUAAAUCCAACACGGAGUGUAUCCCAGUGAGUUCUCCAUCGGCUGAGGGCUCCUCCAUUGAGGUGGAUAAUCUGGAGGAGUUUGUGCUCCGUCCGGCUCCGCGGGGAGUCACGGUCAAGUGUCGUAUCUCACGGGAUAAGAAGGGCAUGGACCGCGGCCUCUACCCCACAUACUUCAUGCACCUAGAGAGGGAAGACGGCAAGAAGGUGUUUUUAUUGGCUGGACGCAAGAGGAAAAAGAGCAAGACAUCAAACUAUCUGAUCUCUGUAGAUGCCACGGAUCUGUCCCGUGAGGGCGAGAGCUUCAUAGGAAAACUGAGGUCUAAUCUGAUGGGAACAAAGUUUACCGUGUAUGAUAACGGCACAAACCCCUCGAAGACCCCCGGAGCGUUGCUGGAGGAAACCAACACACGUCAGGAGCUCGCCGCCAUCUGUUAUGAAACCAAUGUUCUGGGCUUCAAAGGGCCACGGAAGAUGACUGUGAUCAUUCCCGGCAUGAACAUGAAUUUCGAACGGGUCCCGGUCCGGCCCCCUUGUGAGCAGGAGUCUCUUCUGAGUAAAUGGCAGAAUCAUUCGCUGGAGAAUCUGAUAGAGCUGCAUAAUAAAGCGCCGGUGUGGAACGACGACACACAGUCAUACGUGCUAAACUUCCACGGCAGAGUCACGCAGGCCUCCGUCAAGAACUUCCAGAUCGUCCACGACAAUGACCCGGAUUACAUUGUGAUGCAGUUUGGCCGUGUGGCGGAGGACAUCUUCACUCUGGAUUUUAACUACCCCAUGUGUGCCCUGCAGGCGUUUGCUAUCGGUCUGUCCAGCUUCGACAGCAAACUGGCCUGCGAGUGACGCUGUGACACACUUCACCUCUACACCGAACACACACAUGGCCCUCUUCCACUCAGGACACUAGAGCACAAUCGUCUCGUCUCACCACGUUACGCCCGAGGAAGAGAAUUUGUGCUCCGCCCAAAUAAAUCAGAAAAAAGGACCAAAUUUAUUCUGUUUUGUAAAUUAAACACAUCAAAUCUUUUAACUUUUUACUACCUGUUAAGAUGAUCGUGUGAGUUAUCUACCCGCUUUCUCUUUUCCUGAAAAGAGAAGAUGCUUUAAUGGACCAAUAGAGAAGACACUAAGGGAUUUUCUGAAACUGAGAGAUUUUUAUGAUAUUUUCCUGUGAUGUUCUGUAAGUGUCUGAUGGAUUUGAGAAGUACGUCUAUAGGGAGUUAAAGGGUUCGUUCACUUUGAAAUUAAAACAAAGUCAUCAUUUACUCACUCUGCUGUUGUUCUAAUGCCGUUUGCCCUUCAUUCUUUUUCAGACCAGCAUCAAGCUUUAAAAAAGAUGCAAAAGACGGUCUGCUGCGACACGUGCCGUAUAUUCCAAGUGUUCUGGGGGUUUACGAUAGGAUUUGGUGAAAAACAAACCAAAAUUGAAUGUAUUAUUUAUUAUUUAAAAAAAUCCUGCCCUUGGCCGUAGAUCUUCUGUGCACAUUCAUGAAACUCUAUUAGUGCCACAGUCCACCAAGAAAAAUCAUGAUUAACAAAAACGUAACAUGAAAUACAAUACAUGUACCUUCUUUUCUGAGGUAAAUAUAUCGGUUUACAAUUGUCCAAUUAUCGCGUUCACGUCUGUCAGCUGUCAUUCUGACUGACAACAGAGUUCUGGUCCGGAGAUAUUUUUGUUGGAUAUAUUUUGAGAUAUUUAUAUGUAUGUAAUGUAUUUUUGUUAAACAAUGCAUUAAAUUUUGGUUUGUUUUGGUUUGUUUUUUACCAAACUCUCUCUCAGAAAAAGUGGGAUAUGACACAUGUUGCAUGGGAUCAUUGUGUGAUACAUUUGCAUCUUUUUUUUAAGCUUGAUGCUGGUCGCUAUUCACAUUUUUCCUUUUGUGUUCUGAAAAAGAAAGAAGGGGAUGCGGUAUUACAACUGUAGGGUGAGUAAAUGAUAAAUUUUCAUUUUAGGGUGAACUAUCCCUUUAAGAACCAUUUCUGUUCAGAUUUCACCCCUGAGAUUAAAAGAAAAAAAUAAGUUAUAUUUUGCAUGAAGAAAAUUAAACAAACAAACAAAAAAAUCAUGUAAAAAUUGUAUGACAGUAAAUGGGAAUUACAGAUGCAUUGUAGUUGUGAAAAUGUGCUCUUAAAAAUAUGCUUCAUUUUCUUCAGGUACAAUAUAAUUUCUCUUUUUCCUUUCGAUAUUGGGGUGAUAUGAGUAUGUGUUUUCUUCAGAUUUACAUUUUUAUUCUAAUGAUGUUGUAUUUUUGCAUUCAUGUUAGAAUAUGACGUUUUUAACACUUUCUGUUUUUAAAUGUGGUUCAUUAUUUGUCUUUUUUAAGUCUUUGCUCACCAACAAUCCCUGAGAAAACACUCUGCAUGUUGAUAAAUGAGGAGAAACGCUGGAUUCUUUGGCCACGUCUCAAUCCUCCAGCUUCCCUCUUGUGCCCUUGUGUUAACCUUUGAAAACUGACGCACACUUCUGGUUAUUACCGCUGCUGCAUGGAUUGUGAACGUUGCCUUAACAUGUUGCUGUAGUGUAAAUAGUGCCUGAAUGCUGAGUUUACAUCAUGAGAAACUAGAAAAAGGGAAGUUCAAGCACAUUUGUUCCUGUUAAGUGUGAAUUCCUAUAGAUAUGAUUGAUGUGUGUGUGUUGAUAUUCAUCAUCUGUGUGUGUGUGUGUGUGUGUGUGUGUGUGUGUGUGUGUGUCAGCCAAGAGUGUACUGAUUUAUAUGUAUAUUAAAAAAGCAAAACAUUUUUGUUUUCAUUUUAAAACAAUAACCUGUUUGCACAAACUGUAUUUUAAGAUGACACUGUUGGUAGAAAUACAGUAAUUAAAAGUCAUAAUAUUUAAAAAAGGAAAAAUGCAUUACUUUUUAUCCUUAUCAUGUGGCAUGAUCUGCAACCUUGGCAGCACAGAUUUUUAGCCGUUUCAACCUGAUUUGUUAUAUAUUUUAUAUAUCUUGUCCAUAUAUUAAUCUUCAUUCUAAUCUGGUAAACACUGUAAAAUCAGUGGCGUGUUUAUUAAUCAUUCAAUAAGAUAAUUAGUGCAAUUCAAAUCAAAU